AUGUACAGAUUAUGAUAUGUCAUAAUCUGUGCAUAACCUAUUUUAUUGUUUAUCAUGCACUGUUUUAAUAUUUUACCUAUUUUUAGUUGAAUUUUCUACAUAAAUCUACUAUGAUAUAUACCUCUUCUUCUCUGUAUUUUUAAAAUGCUCCUGGAUUUUACUAGGAACUGCUUCAAUUAAUAUUUGCAAUAGGCAGAAAAAGUGAUUCUACAUCAGACAGAUUGUAAACGUUUUCUUUUAAGUUUAGUAUGAUCAGAUUUUUCCAUCGGGCACGCCAAUUUUCUACCGCUUCUACUAUUUCCAAAACAAAAACUAUGAAUUUGAAUAAAUGUUACUUUAGAUACGUUCAAGAGGAAGAAAAAGUGAAUAUAUCGUUUUUAUUUAAAAUCAAAGAAUCUGUGAGACAGUUCAACUUCAGCAGACUUCCGGAAGAAAACUUGCAAACUUUACUAGCGCGCAUUGGAACUAAUAUAAAGAAAGUUGUUAAUAAAAACAAAAAGAAGAAAACGGACAGUGUGGAUAUAGAUGUCAACAUAAAAUUUAUGGAUAAAGAUAAUGCUCCACUACCAGAACAUUAUACUUGUAUGGAAUUAUUUAAAAUAAACGGCCCCUUAAGACUUGAAAUCUUAGAAAAUACCUAUGAAGCAGUAUUUAACGCACCAUGGGUUACAAGUAUAAGUUUACCACAAAGUAUUUUAUCAGGCUUUCCUGUAUACCCUGAAUAUUUUAGAACACAAUAUGCAAAUAUAAAUAUGUGUGCCUUUAACUGGUAUAGAGGUUUGAGUGUUAAUGAGAAAGGAAAUGCCAUAGUUGAUAUGCAUAUUAAUUGGAAACUUUGUGGAAAUGGCUUCACAUACACACCAGCAUCAGAUGACAUUGGCAUGAAGUUGAAACUUGAGUGUAUUCCAGUUAACGAAAUCACCGUGGGACCAGCUGUAGAAACCGUUUCUAAAAAUGUGGUGGAAGCUGGACCUGGAUUAUGCCCAUUUGAGACAAGGCAUAUGUUUACAUCCAAUAAAUUAAACUGCAACAGUUUUCGUUGCGUCUCUUACAACAUAUUGGCGGAUUUGUAUUGUGAUUCGGAUUAUACUAGAACAGUUCUGCACCCCUAUUGCCCACCAUAUGCUUUACACAUAGAUUACAGAAAGCAGCUAAUUAUGAAAGAACUUCACGGUUAUAAUGCUGAUAUACUUUGUCUUCAAGAAGUAGAUUCUAAAAUUUUCACACACUGUUUGGUGCCAUUUUUCCAAUCUUCUGGUAUCGAAGGUUCUUUUUAUAAAAAAGGCAAAGAAGUAGCCGAGGGGUUGGCUUGCUUUUAUCGCUCUGAUAGGUUUAGAUUACUUGGUGAAGAAACCAUAAUAUUAUCUAAGGCCAUACAAACAAAAAAAUGCUUAGAACCUAUUUGGAAUAGCAUACAAAAUAAUAAACCCUUGACAGAUCGUCUUUUGGACCGCUCGACCAUAGCUAGUGCUACAUUUUUAAGUUCUAUUGAAAAUCCAAAUGAGGUGUUGAUAGUUGGAAAUACGCAUUUAUAUUUCCAUCCCGAUGCUGAUCACAUAAGAUUAGUACAAGGAGGGAUGUUUAUUUACUGGAUAAUGGAUGUAAAGUCCAAUCUUAUGGAACAGUUUCCAGAUAAGAGAAUAUCAGUGAUUUUGUGUGGAGACUAUAAUAGUGUGCCAUCGUGUGGCAUUUAUCAAUUGUUUACUACUGGAGUAGCAUCAGACACGUUAGCUGAUUGGCGAUCAAAUGAAAAUGAAGCAGUAUCUAAUUUAAGCUUGAAACAGAGUGUACCUCUAGAAAGUGCAUGUGGAACGCCGCAGUAUACCAACUUCACAGCAGAAUUUGCGGAUUGUCUGGAUUACAUAUUUUAUGAGAAGACUAAUUUAGAAGUUGAACAGGUUAUACCAUUUCCCUCCAUCGAAGAAUUAAAAGCUAACAUAGCCCUGCCCAGUGUAGUAUUUCCAUCUGACCACAUAGCCUUGGUAGCUGAUUUACAUUUUGUUAAGUGAUAAGCAAAGUUUGUUUAUAUUUAUGUUCUAAACAAUAUGUGGAUAAUGUACAUAUAUUAUUAAAAUAUUAUGAGAAAGUGGUCAAAUUACUGUUGAAAAUUA